AUGACCAGAUGGCUGUUGAGCAAAAGACUGCUUCCUCAUAUUGAAUGUGUAAAAGCUAAUGGUUCAAGUUCAAAUGUCUUCGGAGCUAUUUCGGCGGAAAAUUCAAGGCUCAAUGUACAAGAAACGACGAAGACAGCGGUUUUGAUGUUACAUCAUGGACAGCCGAGGACACCAUAUUAUGCAAAGAAGCAUUUGGCUGAAGGCGCUCAUUAUUAUUACAAGUUACCUCUCUGGCUUACCUCACACAUGACACGAUUACACUGGCCAUUGGCGAAGAAAGUUAACAUUUGUGUUGACGAUUACAAAUACAGUGAGAACCUCACACAUCUUAUCAGUACAUAUUCGAAAAUACUGCAGGAAUAUUUGAAUGAAUUAGUUCCGGAACAUCGGUCAUUCUACUGCACCCAUGCAUUUCUUUACGACGAACCAGCUAUCCCGAAAACUAUCAGUGAAUUGAUAAGACAAGGCAUGCAGAGGUUAAUUUUAUUACCACUGUAUCCACAUUAUUCAUGUUUUCAAACUGGGACGAUGUUAAAUAUUGCCGUUAAUGCUCUUGAUGAGCAAACAAAACCACUAUCAGAAGAUGGUAUACAUUUAAUGGAUUAUAGAGUGAGAACCAUGUCCCAUGUCUCGUUUCGUUGUAGUACUAUUGACCGAUGGAGUAAUCAUCCAGCUAUCGUCAAUCUCUGGUAUAAUUUGCUCUGUGCCGGACUGAAGGAUCACGACAGCUUACUUUUUGUCGCGCCACAAAUGCGUGGUUACAACUCUUCUGGCUACACACGAGAAGUUUGGGCAACUUGUUAUCGCUUAAUGGAAUAUCUGAACGAAGUUGUACCAUGGAAACUUGCAUGGUAUAGCGGCUGGGACCAGUGGCCAACAACAACGUUGGAAAGUAUUAAAUUACAGUUGUAUUUUCUAAGAAGGGAGAGACGAUAUCGUACUUUAGUUGUGCCUAUUGCAUCAAUCAUGCCUUCUUUCGAAAGUGAAACUUUACUGCCAUAUAUUUUACAAAAUGAGGGUGUCGAUUUACUUUCACCACCCGGGUUUUCACCGGUUAUGGCACAUGGCUUUGCAGAAUUAAUCAAGAAUCAUUUAAUGGGUCGUAGGCCAUCAUCACAGCUGUCAUAUCGUUGCAAAUUCUGCUUCAGUUCACGUUGUUUACUUCGAGAAGCAAUGCUGGCACCAAAAGAAAUGCCCUCCAAUGAAAUAUUUUUAGAGAAUAUUUUAGGGGAUGAAAAGGUAAUUCAGCAACAAGAAAGGCUGCAAGUUUCAGCUUGA